UUUUUGACCUUUACGAACGUCAUUGACUGGAUCACAUCAUUUUGUUAUCGCUAUCACUUAAGCCGGCGUUAUAUUGCAGCAUAUUUUAAUCUUAAUCUUUUAUCAUUUACUUCGCUAUUCUCGUCCUUGAAAUUAUUGAAUUUGAAAAAGCAACUUUAUAAAGAAUAAUAAAAAGUCCAGUGUAGACUUGUUCUCUUUCAACUGAAACGGGCAGCAAUUGUGAAAGUUUAUAACCAUUAAGAAAUCAAGAAAGAAGUAACACGUAUCGAUAUCACAAUGUCUUUGAAACAGACGACAACUAUUCUACAAAGCAAAAAUGGCAUUAACUGCAUAAAACAGAGGGCCAGUUCUUGGUGGUCAGGUGUUCAAAUGGGCCCCCCCGAUGCCAUCUUAGGAGUAACCGAAGCCUUCAAGAGAGACACCAACCCGAACAAAAUUAACCUCGGAGUUGGUGCAUAUCGUGAUGAUAACGGUAAGCCCUACGUGCUUCCAAGCGUUCGCAAGGCCGAAGAUAAAAUCAAAGCGAAGGGUCUAGACAAAGAGUAUGCUCCUAUUUCUGGUGUUGCUGAAUUCUGUAAAGCCAGCAUCGGACUAGCUCUCGGAGAGGGAUCGGAAAUUAUUUCCAAUGGUUUGAAUGCAACCGUUCAAGGAAUUUCUGGCACUGGUUCGUUGAGGAUAGGAGCAGCUUUUUUGAACGGUUUCUUUCCGGGAAACAAAGUUGUUUACUUGCCAAGUCCUUCUUGGGGGAACCAUCUACCUAUUUUCAAGCACUCUGGGUUGGACGUUAAGACCUAUAGGUAUUACGAUCCGAAAACUUGUGGGUUGGACUUUCAAGGAGCCUUAGAUGAUAUUUCUAAAAUUCCUGAAAAGUCAGUGAUUCUCCUACAUGCCUGUGCUCAUAACCCAACUGGAGUUGAUCCUUCCAAAGAGCAAUGGCUUGAGCUAUCCAACGUGAUAAAGAGAAAGAACCUUUUUGUAUUCUUCGACAUGGCCUACCAAGGCUUUGCCACAGGCAGUGUUGACAACGACGCUUUCGCAGUAAGGCACUUCGUCAAAGAGGGGCACCGUAUCGCUCUGGCUCAGAGUUUUGCUAAAAAUAUGGGUCUGUAUGGAGAAAGGGCUGGAGCAUUCUCGAUCGUAGGUGACUCCAAAGAAGAAGCCGAUAGGGUAAUGUCCCAAAUCAAAAUCCUUAUCAGACCCAUGUAUUCCAACCCUCCAGUCAAUGGAGCAAGGAUUGUUGCUGAAAUUCUAAACGAUCCAGCAUUGAGGAAAGAAUGGUUACCAGAGGUAAAAGGAAUGGCUGAUAGAAUCAUAUCAGUACGUAAUAAACUUAGGGAGAACUUGAAAAAGGAGGGAUCUACAAGGAACUGGGAACACAUUACAAAUCAAAUUGGAAUGUUCUGUUUCACAGGAAUGAAUGCUGAACAGGUUGAGAAGUUGAUUAAGGAACAUAGUGUGUACCUGACAAAAGACGGACGUAUAUCAAUGGCUGGAGUAACGUCGAAAAAUGUUGAAUAUCUUGCACAUGCCAUGCAUCAAGCUACAAAAUGAUUUUAAUGCCCUUUAUGUUUCUAUUUCAAAAUCGAAGUUUUGAAUGCUUCAGUCUCAUAAGCAUUUUUAGGUUCUAAGAGCAAACUUUCAACGUGUCAUGAGAUUUUAUUUUUACAAUUUUUUUUGUUGCUUAAGCGAGGUAUAUGAUACUAAAAAA